ACGAGUCGUGUUGAUUCCAGGAGUCAUCAUGGCGCUGACUGGCUCAGUCGAAGAUCACUUAUAUAGUCAGCUCAUCGAUACGUUAGCAGAUGUUAAGUUCUUUAAUCCACUGAAAUUAAAUGACCCAAGAUAUGCCAAGCUUCCACUGUCCAUCCGCAUCCUUUUGGAAGCUGCAAUUCGUAACUGCGAUGGAUUUUACACAAAAACGUCAGAUAUCCAGAACAUAUUGGACUGGCAGCACCAGCAGUCCAAAGCUGAGGUGCCCUUCACACCUGCGCGAGUAUUGUUGCAGGACUUCACUGGUAUCCCUGCCAUGGUGGAUCUGGCCGCAAUGAGGGACGCCCUUGUGUCACUUGGUGUUGAUCCUGACCGUGUCAAUCCGAAAUGCCCCACAGACCUCAUCGUAGACCACUCACUACAGAUUGACUACAGCAAAUGUGCCACGCAGAACUCCCCGAACCCUGGUGGUGGUUCUGGAAGUUCCCGCCCUGCUGCGUCCCAUCCCGCAGUCAGUGGAGGUUCCCAGUGUCGAGGCCAACGUGGUUGUAGUAAAUCUGCGUGCAGUGAUGCUCCCUCCUCCCCGAGUCACCCUGUUCAGCAGAUCGAGAACACGCCUUUGCUAUGCCCCUUCCACCUCAAACCCGUUUCUGAGACUGACAUGACUGUGAAGUAUCAGGAAAUGGAACUGCUCCGAAAUAAAGAAAGGCUUCAAUUCUUUAAGUGGUGCUCCAAAGCUUUCAAGAAUGUAAACAUCAUCCCCCCUGAUGUUGGCACAGUCCACCAAGUAAAUCUGGAGUAUCUUUCCCGAGUGAUUCAGGUCAGAGAUGGCUUCAUCUACCCUGACAGUGUGGUUGGAACAGACUCACACACCACCAUGGUGAAUGGACUUGGCAUUUUAGGAUGGGGUGUUGGGGGAAUUGAGGCAGAAGCUGUGAUGCUAGGCCAGCCAGUGUCUCUUACGCUCCCACAGGUGGUGGGUUGUAAACUGGUGGGUUCCGUUAACCCUCUUGCCACUUCUAUAGACAUUGUUCUUGGCAUUACCAAGCACUUGAGGCAAGCUCCAAUUAAUGGAAGGUUUGUUGAGUUUUUUGGACCUGCAGUGUCACAGCUGUCUGCUCCAGACAGAACAACCAUUGCCAACAUGUGCCCCGAGUACAACGCCACCAUUAGCUUCUUCCCUGUUGACCAAGUUACACUUGAGCACUUUAAAAGGACAAACUUUUCACAGGAAAGACUUACAUUUCUAGCGUCUUAUUUGAAGGCUGUUAAACUUUUCAGACUUUAUGAAGACCCUACAGAAGACCCCGAGUAUUCUGAGGUUAUUGAAAUCAACCUCAGUACAAUGGUGCCAUGUGUUAGUGGACCCAGGAGGCCUCAGGACAGAGUAGCAGUCUGUAACAUGAAAGAAGACUUCCAGAGUUGUCUCAAUGAGAAGGUGGGUUUUAAAGGAUUCAACAUAUCUAAGGAAAAGCAGCAGACCCGCAUUCCUUUCCAGCACUGCGGAGAGAAGUACCAGCUUGGUCAUGGUUCUGUCGUCAUUGCUGCCGUGAUCAGCUGUACAAACAAUUGCAACCCAUCCGUCAUGCUGACUGCAGGACUGCUUGCGAAAAAGGCAGUGGAGGCGGGACUUCUUGUGAAGCCUUACAUCCAGACCAGUCUAGCUCCUGGGAGUGGCAUGGUCACUCACUACCUCAAUACCAGUGGAGUCCUGCCUUAUUUCAACCAGUUGGGCUUUGAGGUCAUAGGUUAUGGUUGUGCGACCUGUGUAGGAAAUACAGCACCACUGCCUGGGACGGUUGUUGACGCAAUCAAACAGGGUGACCUGGUGGCAUGUGGGGUUCUAUCAGGCAACCGUCACUUCGAAGGCCGCCUCUGUGAUUGCGUACGUGCCAACUAUCUGGCUUCACCCCCCUUAGUGGUGGCCUAUGCCAUUGCAGGCACUGUGGGAAUCGACUUUGAGAAAGAGCCGUUAGGAGUGACCACAGAGGGAAAGGAUGUGUACCUCAGAGACAUCUGGCCAUCCAGGGAGGAGGUCCAGCAGAUGGAAGAGCAAACAGUCAUAGCCUCCAUAUUUCAGAAUCUUCGAGUGAGGAUGGAGAAGGGAAACCCUUUUUGGAACAACAUUGAGUGUCCAGAUUCUGUAGUGUUCCCCUGGGAUCCUAAAUCCACCUACAUCCGGUCCCCAUCUUUUUUCAGUAAACUGAGUAAAGAAGUUCAGCCUCCUCCAUCCAUAGAGAACGCUCAUGUCCUCCUGUUCCUAGGGGACAAUGUCACCACUGAUCACAUAUCCCCAGCAGGUAGCAUCGCCAGAAUCAGUGCAGCAGCCAAGUACCUGCUCAGCAAACGGCUGACACCACGGGAGUUUAAUUCUUAUGGUGCGCGAAGAGGAAAUGAUGCCGUGAUGACCAGAGGAACCUUCGCCAGCAUUAAACUACGAAAUCGAUUUGUCAGCAAACCGGGCCCCAAGACUGUCCAUUUCCCCUCAGACCAGACGUUGGAUGUCUUCGAGGCAGCUGAGCGCUACCAGAGAGACAACAUUAGUCUCAUCAUACUGGCUGGAAAAGACUAUGGCUCAGGGAGCUCAAGAGACUGGGUUGCCAAGGGUCCAUAUCUCCUGGGAGUGCGAGCAGUCAUUGCUGAGAGCUUUGAGAAGCUGCACAAGAGCCAGCUCGUAGGUAUGGGCAUCAUGCCGCUCCAGUUCCUGCCUGGUGAGAAUCCUGACUCCCUGGAGAUCAGCGGGAUGGAAAGGUUCACCAUCGUCUUGCCAGAGAAUCUGAGUCCAAGACAGCAGCUCACUGUCAAGACCAGUGAAGGAAAGUCUUUCUUUGUCACAGCAGAGUUUGAGAGUGACAAAGAGGUUAUCUUCUACCAACACGGAGGCCUCCUCCGAUACGUUGCCCGGAACCUGCUCUGAAAUCUUAUGGUGCCAAACAUCCAGAGCAAAGGUUUAAGGCCUUCAAAUGCCGGCAAUUGCAUUUUUGCCCAGGACCUACAUGUUAUGGGCCAGUUCUUGGACUCAGUUGGUGCUUAGGUACUGAAGCAUGCGUUCACAGCUUCCACCUUCUGGUGGUUUAUCUUCACACUUUGGUGUUCUUGAUGUCACUUUUGUUAUGGUUGUAUAAAGUUAUAAAUAAACUAUAGUUGUGUACUAUUUCUUUAAUAAA